ACUGGUUUAGUCUGAACUGAUGGGGCCACUGCCACAGCUCUGGGCCAAAGCUCAUUGGCCUAGCACUGACAGUUGCCUUGCAAGCAGGGGUGGACUGACAACUCAUUGGGCUCCCGAGCAAUAGGGGAUCAUGGAGCCUCUGUGUCCUUGCCCAAACUCAAAGAAGCCUAUGAAAAAGGUACCAGGGGCAUCUCAUGGGGCCCCCUACUGACCCCGGGCCCUUGGUCAGUGCCCGAGUUUCCAAAUGGUCAGUCCGCCCCUG